AAUUUGACACGUUUGACACUGUCUAAGUGUCCCGUGUGAUUUUUGUGUUUUGACCCUAAAUAGUUUUAUUAUUUAUUAAAAUUAAAAUUGGUUUGUACAACAAAAUACGUAUAGAAAUAUUCUCAUGUAUGGUUUAAAACAUGAUGGAGGCUAAUUUACCAUUCUUUACUCUACCAUUUGUAGAUUCCGAGGUGUCGGAUCUAGAAUUUUCGAAGCAUAAGAUCAGUGACGGAGAUUUCGAUGUUCUUCAUCACACAUUGCCUCACGGGUCGUUGCUUGGCGCUGAUGACGUCCUCGCCCAGUUCCUGUCAGGGGACGAGCCCUUGGAGGAACCCGACCUGAACGGCCCCACAACACUACACUGCGAGAUAUGUAGGAAGCAGUUCGACAAUGCCAAGAAGUAUUACGGACACUUGAGAGUUCAUUCCAAGGACAACCUCUGGAUAUGUGAUAAAUGUCCGAAUGAAAAGUUUUCAACAAAGCAGCAGUUGAUGAAACACAGCCUCACCCACAAGCCGCUAGAGCGAGUUUGGAGGUGUCCACAGUGCACCAUGACAUUUGAGGCACUCUGGAGGCUGCAGCAGCAUCUCUUUGCCAAACAUUUGGACUACAGACCUCAUAAAUGUGAUAUAUGUGAGAAAACAUUCCACAAAUUGUCUGAUUUGAAAAAACACAAAAGUGUGCACAAUGAUGAGAAGAAGCAUGCGUGUAGUUAUUGUGAUAUGCUGUUCAAAGACAAGUCUAAUCUAAAGAGGCACAUGCUUUGUCACACUAAUGAGAAGCCAUUUUGUUGUUCUGGAUGUGGGAAUCGAUUUAAACAGAUAGCUUCAUUGAGGCGACACAAGCGGAAUUGUGCUCUGAGCAAGGCGGAGAACGAGCCGGUAGACACCACCACGAGAAAGAACUACUGUCGCGUGUGUGGCAAGACGUUUCAGUACAAAAGCGCCCUACUUGAACACUGUGUCAGACACCACACAAACCACACUGUAGAGGAUAACAAGCAGGAUAAGUGCGAUGAAAACACCAUAGACACAAACAGAACUGUGGACAACAUAGUCGACGAUAUCCUGUCGGGCUUGCACGAACGCGACAACGCCGAGAAGCGAAACAACGAUCUCGCCGAUGACAAUAAUCUCAUGCAGAUAGAACUGUUGAGAGAGAUGAACCAACUCCACACGCUAGACGACGAGCUGUUCUACAAUGACAUCGACUUUGACAAUUUUCAACCGAGUCAUAUAUUCGGCAAUGACAUCGACUACAAUGACAAGAAUGCCGAAAUACUCUUCGACUUUACAGAAGCAGGCAAGAGUAUAGACCAGGACAUCAUGAACGCUCUGUACCACGUCAAAGCCGAACACUUGCCCGAUGAGUUACUCAAUGCACCGGAGAUUUUGAACCCCAAUGAUAAACCGAAAGAGCCAGAACCUGUUUCGGUCAACGAAUGCGCUACUAUAUUCGAGAGCGAUGUGGAUCUCGAAUCGAGUACCAAUCUUGCAGCGAAUUUGAACCAGUUGAUAGGCGAGAAUAGUGUUCAAUACAUCUCUACUGAGGACGAUGACACAUUUAUAAUAAGUUUGAAUAGUGAAAUAGACGCCGAACAGUUGACUGACAUGUUGAAUAUUGGUGUGGAACUUAUUGAUAAUGAUAAGACUGUGGCGGAUGAAGUAUCGGAACCGGAAAAUGUGGAGGGUCCCGUGAAUGUGGAACCAAUAGUGUUGAAGAUCGAAGAGCCAAGUUUAAAGGCGAUUGAAGGAGACGCGCCGAGUGAUGAGAAAGAGAACAAAGGCAAAACAAAGACGAAGAAACGGCUGCUGCUCGUUUGCCGUACGUGUAACAGAGUGUUUAACAGAACUGAUAAUUACAAGUCUCAUAUAGCGUGUCACGAGCCAUCUCUACGGCGUCACUCGUGCGAAGAGUGUGGAAAGCGCUUCGGAUACCGUUCUACACUCAACAAGCACAUGCGCCGUGACCACUAUGCGCACGCGCAGGGACCGCCCGCACAUCGCUGCGACGUCUGCGGACACGCCUACAAUGCCGCAUGGAUGUUGAAGCAACAUUGCCAGCGCGAGCACGAGGGCCUGACGCCGCACGCCUGCGACGUCAAGGGGUGCAGUAAGAAGUUCUACAAGAAAUGCGAUUUAGUCGUUCAUAAAAGGUACCACACCGGCGAACGUCCUUAUUCUUGUGACAUCUGCCGCAGUCGCUUUACCCACAUUUCACAUUUGAGGAGGCACAUACGGAAAGUGGACUGCACUAAAAACGCCCGGAAGCAAGCCGUAACUCGUCCUGCUUUAGUAGCUACCUCGUGAAGACAAAUUCCAGAGAUUCCAUGCUUGAAGAUGUUCAAACUUACCUUACCAAAAAGCGUAUACGUUUGUGACGGUUAUACAGUGUUGUGUCUCACUAUCCGCCAUUUUAAAUAAAGAAUUCGAUCCGCCGUUUUAAAUGAAGAAUCGCUUUUUUGAUCUAUAUUAAUAAUGGACCAAUCAGAACAGUUUUUUUGACAUGCUUACAAAUGAGUUAUUUUGAUUGCUUCAUUGUCGGAAUCGGUUUUAAGAUUGAGAUUGGAAUUGAUUGUUGAAAACGGCUGUAUAUCCAGUAAUAUCGAUUGUUAGAGGACGCAAGAUAAAACAUUGUUUAAUUGUAAUAACCGAAUGCAUCAUAUUAGUAAGGUAGUUAAUAUAUUAUUAUGUACAAUCAGUAUUAGCCAUGAAUUAUACUAUUUAUAAGUU